AUGGCUCGUUUAUAUGCAUUAACAGUCAUUCAUAUAGAAGAUGAUAGCAAAACAAAAAUACUUUACUGCAAAUCAGAUAUAGGAUGUUUUGGAUUAUUUCAAAGUAACACAAUCAAAGAAUUUAUCCGGUUUGGAUUUAUCGAAAUGUCACAACGAUGUGAAAGAGAUAAGCGAAUGGUUAUUAAGUCAAGUGAGUAUGGAGGUGUUUUAUUUAAUUUAUUAGUUAAACCUGAUGGAUUAGGAAUUGGAAUACUAACAAACCUUGACUAUCCCAAAAAUACUAUCACUUAUAUUAUUCAUCGUUCAUUUGAAUUAUUUUAUUCUAAUAUAGUUGAUGACAUAAUUACUUCGUCAUGUAUUAAAAAUUCAACAAGUGAAUUAGAUUAUCUCUUUACACAUUUUAAUAAUCAAAAGAAUUGUAAAUUAUCAAAAGAAGAAAUAAUCAAAACAGAAUUAGAUGAAACAAAUGAAAAAAUGAGUGUAUUAGUAACUAAAUUAAUUUCUAGAGAAGAUGAACUUCAAGACAUUGUCUCAAAAUCAGAAGUUCUUUCAGAUAAGUCUAAAGUUUUCUUUAAAAAAGCAAAGAAGUCAAAACGUUGUCAUGUUCCUUGUGUAUUACAAUAA